UUAGAUAAUAUACUGUCUUUAAACCAGCUGUUUAAGCGAUCCUUCGAAGCACUGCAAAGAUGCCGAGGGAAGACAGGACCACGUGGAAGUCCAACUAUUUCAUGAAGAUCAUCGUAGGUUGACAUACCACUUUUGAAUUUGAAAACAAUGAUGCUUGGAAGUAUAGAACCCCAUCUUAUGAUUGGCUACUUACAAAGCAGGAUAAGUUACAGUGCAGCUUGUGCAGUACUGCUCUGUCGUUCCCCCUGCACACAUCAACUAGUUUCCUACUAUCCCUGCCUGUCUGCAUCCCACAGCUGACAGGGACGCUUGGUCUCAGACACUUUUGCACAGUAACUAACUGAAAAUAUGUUGCAUAGUCUUGCUUAUCCGAUGGUAGAGGGUUUACAUUUCCUCAAACAGUGAAUUUAGAGCUGGUUGUUUGACUAACUUUUGCUUUUCUUUGCAGCAACUGCUGGAUGAUUACCCCAAAUGCUUCAUUGUGGGCGCAGACAAUGUGGGCUCAAAGCAGAUGCAGGCCAUUCGUCUCUCUCUGCGUGGGAAGGCUGUGGUGCUCAUGGGUAAAAACACCAUGAUGCGCAAAGCCAUCCGUGGCCACCUGGAGAACAAUCCUGCCCUGGAGAAGUACGUUUCGAACAAACACAUUUUGGCCUGAAUUUCUUGGUGAAAAUGUAAAAAUCUACAUCUAAUGACCACUGAUUUGGCUAUUUGCAAAGCAGAAUAAUUUACAGUGUAGCUUGUUCAGUUCUGCUCUGUCGUUCUCCCUGCACACCAACUUGUUUCCUACUAUUCCUGUCUGUCUGCAUCCCAUGGCUUACAAGGACACUUGGUCUCAGACACUCUUUUUCUCAGUUUUGCUAUUUGUGUAUCAUUUGCGGUUUUAUGUGCAAUGUUGACAUUGUUACUGUCUUCACAGGUUGCUGCCCCACAUCAAAGGAAAUGUGGGCUUCGUCUUCACCAAGGAGGACCUGGCUGAGAUCCGGGAUAUGCUGCUGGCCAACAAGGUGGAUGUUCUUUCUAACCAGGCCCUUUGUUGGAACCUCUGGUCUUAUGGUUGAAUUGUCAACUUGGGGUGGGGUCCCAAAUAUCACCCUAUUUGCUUUAUAGAGCACUACUUUUGACCAGGGCACUAUAUAGGGGAUAGGGUGCCAUUUGGAACACAUACAAUGUUAUUAUUUUGUAAUAGACGGUAUAGCCCUUGAUGUAGAAUCCUGUUUUUGGAGUUUGCUUAAAAAUAUGAAAUAACGAUGCAGGAUAAGUUACAGUGCGGCUUGUUCAGUACUGCUCUGUCGUUCCCCCUGCACACAUAAACUAGUUUCCUACUAUCCCUGUCUGUCUGCAUCCCACAGCUGACAGGGACGCUUGGUCUCAGACACAAUUUCCUGUUGAUUUUGCUCAGUCUCAUGGGCUGCAUCAUUUGGGAUGUAUCCAUGGACUCUGCUCUUUUGUUUGAAUGGGAGCCAUAGCUGGAUUGCCCCCUAACCUCAAACCUCUGACUCUCAGGUGCCAGCUGCUGCCCGUGCCGGCGCUAUUGCCCCCUGUGACGUGACUGUGCCAGCCCAGAACACUGGGCUUGGUCCUGAGAAGACCUCCUUCUUCCAGGCCCUGGGCAUCACCACCAAGAUCUCCAGAGGAACCAUUGAAAUCCUGGUGAGUGUGGUGACUGCAGUUUUAAGUCCUCAGCCAGUCUAUGCUUAGUGAGCUCUACUUUAGACUAAUGAGAUGGUGGAAUUACGUUCAGUCACCCUCUAAAUAAGAGGUUCUUCAGUGAUGAGACGAUGACGAGUCGGAACGGGACAUAGUCUGUCUCUGGGGUAGCUGGGUCAGUGUCACGUUCUGUGUCUCUGGGUUCAGCUCCCCGGAGCAGUGUGUCUUUACAGUUGAAGACAUCGAGGCAUUUGUCUGAGAAGGGUUUCCCGAUUGAUGUUGCUAGGCUAUGUUGCGUAUAAUACACAUGUUCUGAUUUGUGUAGGAUUAGUAUUGUAAUGUUUUCUUCUCUAGAAAACAAUGGGGCUUUUCUGAAAAUGAAAAACUGUAGACUAAUGGUCUGAACCCUUAAUUUCUCCCUACAGAGCGAUGUGAUGCUCAUCAAGCCUGGAGACAAGGUGGGAGCCAGUGAGGCCACGCUGCUCAACAUGUUGAACAUCUCGCCCUUCUCCUUCGGUCUGCUCAUCCAGCAGGUGUAUGAUAACGGUAGUGUCUAUAGCCCUGAGGUGCUCGACAUUACCGAGGAUGCUCUGCACGCCAGGUUCCUGGAGGUGAGGAAGCGCACACUGCCUUGUAAAGAUACUUUGAGUCCAUGACUCAAAACCAGUUUAUUAUUAUUAUUGGUGCCUUGAAUAGUAAAUGAAACGGACUAAAAUGUAGUACUGUCCUAUUAAGUCUUAAUUCGUUUCCCCUUCUUCCUUAGUCUUGUCUCCAUAUGUAAUGUUCUAAAAACAAGUGAAAAUGAUCCAUUGAAGAGGACUACAACAGUCUAGCUGUCAAGUUCAGGAACUUAUUCUCUUUUAGCUUUUGAGGAAGCAGGAUAAGUUACAGUGCAGCUUGUUCAGUGCUGCUCUGUCGUUCCCCCUGCACACAUCAACUAGUUUCCUACUAUCCCUGUCUGUCUGCAUCCCACAGCUGACAGGGACGCUUGGUUUCAGACACAAAUUUAUUAAAUAUGUAUUGGAACAUUCACACUUGAGUGAAAAGCUGAAAGUUGCUGUCAUGCCUGUCCUGACCACAACUUGUUGUCUUUCAGGGUGUGAGGAACAUCGCCAGUGUGUGUCUUGAGAUCGGAUACCCCACUCUGGCCUCCAUCCCCCACACCAUCAUCAACGGAUACAAGAGAGUCCUGGCUGUUGCCGUGGAGACUGACUACUCCUUCCCCUUGGCAGAAAAGGUAUGGCGUCCCACCCCCAUUUGGACCACAUAGUAUUGAAAUGGAUGACUGACCAAGUGCUGGCCCAGUCCACACACAACCUAGCCCCCAGGAUGUUGCUGUAAGUCAAAGAAUUGUAUAAGUAAUAUGGUUGUAGCGCCACCUUGCCCUCUAGUUGAGGAAUGUUCACCACAUCACUUUUGCCUGUCAAAUCCUUGGUUGUAACAUCUACAUAGGGAAAAGGGGCCACAGUUUGAUUCUGGAAUGGGCCACAAUGUCUGACACCAGGUCAUCCAUUGGCACGUUAUAUCCAUAGAGUUCUACAUUUUAGUUAACAUUGCUUCUCUACCCCCUCUUUUCCCAGGUGAAAGCUUACCUGGCUGACCCCACUGCCUUCGCUGUUGCUGCUCCUGUGGCUGUGGCCGAGACUGCUGCUGCCCCGGCCGCCGCUAAGGUGGAGGCCAAGGAGGAGUCUGAGGAGGGCUCUGACGACGACAUGGGCUUCGGCCUAUUCGACUAGAAGGCAACCAACUCUGCUCUUAUGGUUGCUAACCAAAUUCAAGAAUAUCAUUGAAUGUAAUAAAAACCUCCAGAAAAAUCUAA